GUUACUAAUCAUCAGCAGCACCAACAGCUACAGCAGCACCAGCCUUCACCAGGGAAUCUGCCCACAGCUCCUGCCAGCCCAGGCUGAUGUCUAUUACAUGGGAGCAGCUGGAGCCGUCCCUGGGGAUGUGAGCACGACCCCCGUCCUGGUGCGGAUGUGAGCUCCCCGGCCGUGCAGUGUUGUGCGCGGACUCAGUGGAGGACUGCGGCUGCUCCAGUUCCCUCCUGUAGGGCGCUCGAGGAGGCUUCUGGGCUGCAGCCACCCAUCUGCAUGGAUGAUCCCAGACGAGGUGGAUCGGCUCCCCUUAACCCCUCGCUCGCCAUGGUGGUCUUCAAUGGCUUGCUGAAGAUUAAGAUCUGCGAGGCUGUGAACCUGAAGCCCACAGCUUGGUCCUUGAGACAUGCGGUGGGACCCAAACCCCAGACCUUCCAGCUGGACCCAUACAUUGCGGUCAAUGUGGAUGACUCCAGGAUAGGGCAGACCUCCACCAAGCAGAAGACCAAUAGCCCAGCCUGGCAUGAUGACUUCUCCACGGAUGUCUGCAAUGGCAGGAAGAUCGAGCUGGCAGUUUUUCACGAUGCCCCCAUAGGGUACGAUGAUUUUGUGGCUAAUUGCACCAUCCAGUUCGAGGAUCUUCUGCAGAAUGGGAGCCGGCACUUUGAGGAUUGGAUUGACUUGGAACCAGAAGGAAAGGUAUAUGUGGUGAUAGAUCUCUCUGGCUCUUCAGGUGAAGCUCCCAAAGAAAAUGAAGAGCGAGUGUUCAGAGAGCGAGUGGGUCCCAGAAAACGUCAGGGAGCCGUACGACGUAGGGUUCAUCAAGUAAACGGGCACAAGUUUAUGGCAACCUACCUUAGACAACCUACGUAUUGUUCACACUGCAGAGACUUUAUAUGGGGCGUUAUAGGGAAACAGGGUUACCAAUGUCAAGUUUGCACUUGCGUAGUUCACAAGAGAUGCCACGAGCUUAUCAUAACGAAGUGCGCCGGUCUAAAGAAGCAGGAAACUCCUGACGAGGUCGGCUCCCAACGUUUUAGUGUCAAUAUGCCCCACAAAUUUAGCAUCCACAACUACAAAGUCCCUACGUUUUGUGAUCACUGUGGUUCAUUACUAUGGGGUCUCAUGAGGCAAGGUUUACAAUGCAAAGUUUGUAAAAUGAACGUACAUAGACGCUGUGAAUCUAAUGUAGCACCAAACUGUGGAGUGGAUUCUCGAGGCAUAGCUAAAGUACUGGCUGACCUGGGAGUUACGCCGGAUAAAAUCACCGCCGCGGGCCAGAGGAGGAAAAAGUUAAAUGCAGGCGCUGAGACCCAGCCUCCAGUCCCGGGGGCUCCAACAGUGGAAGAUGACAGGUCAAAAUCAGCACCCACGUCUCCGUGUGAUCAAGAAAUUAAGGAACUUGAAAAUAACAUCAGGAAAGCACUUUCAUUUGAGAACCGAGGAGAAGAGCACAAAGCGGCAGCCACUGCGACAACGGACAGUCAGCUAACGAUAACCGGGGAAAACGGAGAGAACGGGGAUAUCAAAACUCACCAGACAAAGAAGACCGGCCUGGAGGAUUUCAACUUCAUCAAAGUAUUAGGAAAAGGCAGUUUUGGAAAGGUUAUGCUUGCUGAGCUGAAAGGUAAAGAUGAAGUAUAUGCUGUGAAGGUCCUGAAGAAGGACGUCAUAUUACAAGAUGAUGAUGUCGAUUGCACUAUGACAGAGAAGAGGAUUUUGGCUCUGGCAAGAAAACAUCCGUAUCUGACACAACUUUACUGCUGCUUUCAGACUAAGGAUCGUCUCUUUUUCGUUAUGGAGUAUGUAAAUGGUGGAGACUUGAUGUUCCAGAUCCAGCGUUCACGAAAAUUUGAUGAGCCUCGGUCACGAUUUUAUGCUGCAGAAGUAACCUCCGCUCUCAUGUUCCUUCAUCAACAUGGGGUCAUAUACAGGGAUCUUAAACUGGACAACAUCCUUUUGGACGCAGAAGGCCACUGUAAACUGGCUGACUUUGGGAUGUGCAAAGAGGGAAUUUUGAAUGGAGUAACUACGACGACCUUCUGUGGUACACCAGACUACAUCGCUCCUGAGAUAUUACAGGAAUUAGAAUAUGGGCCCUCGGUGGAUUGGUGGGCCCUGGGUGUUUUAAUGUACGAAAUGAUGGCGGGUCAACCACCUUUUGAGGCAGACAAUGAAGAUGACCUCUUUGAAUCCAUCCUCCACGAUGAUGUCUUGUACCCUGUGUGGCUGAGUAAGGAAGCCGUCAGCAUUUUGAAAUCAUUUAUGACAAAGAAUCCAAACAAGAGACUUGGAUGUGUGCCGUCCCAGGGCCUAGAAGAAGCCAUUAAACAGCAUCCGUUCUUCAAAGAAAUUGACUGGGUACUUCUAGAGCAGAGGAAAAUCAAACCACCAUUCAAACCUAGAAUUAAAACCAAACGUGAUGUCAACAACUUUGAUCAGGAUUUUACACGAGAAGAACCCGUUCUGACACUGGUGGAUGAAGCCAUAGUCAAACAAAUCAAUCAGGGCGAAUUUGAAGGAUUCUCCUAUUUCGGAGAAGAAUCUUUGGCCUGAAGUAACGGCGCGGUGGAAUCACGCCCUCAUGCAGUAGUCCUAUGGAGACUUAAUAUGUGACUGAGAUUCAGUGGAUCCUUACAAACUUGUUUUAUUAUGAGCCUGCUACUUGUGUAAAGAUACUAUUUAUUGUUGCUAUUGUUAAAAUUUUUUGUUUUUUAACCAACGGCACUCCUAUUUUCUGUUAUAUGGAGCAAUGCAGCAUUGCCGUUCGUACCUGUAGCUGUAACAUUCUGCCUGGUCGGAGACCACAAAAUACUAGACAAUCUUAGAAAAACCUUUUUAUUUAUUUUAUACUUUUUUUUUUUUUACUUACUGAAAGUGUACAAUAGGAAAGCAAUGCAGGGUGAGUUUUAAGUAUUUUAAAUUAUUUUAACCCUUUCCUGCUUAGACACUGUUCCUUUUAACCACUGAGACAGAUGGACUUGACUUGCCGUCUGAAAAAAUAUAAAAAAAUAAAAAAUAUAUAAGGUUAGGGUUAGUCUGCAAACGCUGUAAAUAUAUGAGGGGUUCUCCAGGAUUUAACCAUUGAUGAUCUAUCCCUAGAUAGAGCGGCAGGGUUCCGACAUCCUGCAUCCCCAGCUGUUUCGGAGUAACUCCGGUGUCAGAAAUGGGUGCUGGUGCUGCACCACAGAGGGAGAUGGUUACUGCAGUGCUGCUUCCAUUCACUUCCAUUCAUCAGCUCUGUCCACUACACAGUAUAUGGCGCUGUGUAGCAUGGCGCCUAUUUCAGAACAGCGGAUUGUGGGGGGUGCAGACCAUUGGAUCCCAACAGAUAUGAUAUUGAUGUCCUACCUUAGGGAUAGGCCAUCGAACUGUUAAAUCCUAGAGAACCCCUUUAAUGCACCACCAUGGACAUGUUGUCUUACGGAGCCCCUGUCUUCACGCGUCUUCCUUUCAGAACAUGGGCCUUCAGAACAUAGGGCAUGUAUAAAUUUAGAAAAAACAUGGCUGCUUUUUUUUUUUUUUUUUUUAAAUAGUGCCAUUCUGGUCCAUGGGUAAUGUAUGGUACUACAGUCAAGUGAAUGGUGAUCAGCUGCAAUGCCACAUAUAGCCCAUAGCAAAAAAAAAAGAAAAAAUGUUUCUGGCAGAUAGCAGUCAUGCCUUUCUUACUUUAUACAAACCCUUUAAAGGGAUUGUCUAAAAUUAGAAGAACCGUUUGGUUUUCUUCCAAAAACAGCGCCACGGCUGUCCAUAGGUUGUGUCUGGUAUUUUGCAGCUCAGCUUCAUUGAAGUGAAGAAGGCUUAGCGGCAAUACCACACAGGACAAGUUUGGCGCUGUUUUGGGAGAAAACAUCUUUUUUUAAUUCUGGACAACCCCUUUAAGUGUGUUUUGCUCUGAAUGUUAGGUCCUCCAUUGAGUCUUCAGCUCCUCUGCAGGGUGUUCCAGUGGAUGAGAACACCCCACAAUGCAGAUAUAGAAGUAGGAGGCUGUAUUUGAAAGAGGACGCAUAUAAAGGUGUGAAUGUCGGUGCCAUGUGUUUCCGAUGUGGCACUUGUGUGGUAGUCACCAGCUAUUUAAGGGCUAAUUUAUAUUAGCAGUUAGCUAAGGUUUAGUGACAACUUAUGAAUCUUCCCCAUUAGAUCAUUCAUGGUCUGAUUUAUUCCACACCUCAAAUCUUCUAGAACUGUACUAUACAAUAGCAUCUAAGAUUAUAUCAUUGUAAAAAUGGAACAUCCUCCCACCCCAGGAUCAAAGAUUAAAGGAAUGUAUUACUAGGCUGGAUUCAGUAGCCGUUCAGUAGUCUUUCAUCCAUUGUGAACCCAUAGGCCCCAGCAUGCCCCAUCAGUGGUGGCUACUAAUAUCUUUACUCCUACAAAUGUGAUACAAAAAGUCCUGAACCUUAUUUGUCCCCAUGUCAACACAUCCUGUCUUGUACUGCUGUUCCUGUAAGUUCUGAGCUUAGGAGUCAAGUAGGUGGCCCUACUCAGUACAUAGGAGUCCAGUGGGCGGCCCUACUCAGUACAUAGGAGUCCAGUGGGCGGCCCUACUCGGUACAUAGGAGUCCAGUGGGCGGCCCUACUUAGUACAUAGGAGUCCAGUGGGCGGCCCUACUCAGUACAUAGGAGUCCAGUGGACGGCCCUACUCAGUACAUAGGAGUCCGGUGGGUGGCUCUACUCAGUAAUUGACUGACUUCAUUGUAGGUCUGUGCAGUGACUGAUCAACUUCAAUCUAGGUCUGGACUCCUAAGCUUAGAUAGACCGCGGAUUUAGGCCCUAUUCAUACAAACGCAUGGCUUUGUGCCCGUGUUGCGGACUGCAAACAGCUCUUCCGCAAUACACAGGCACUGGCUGCAUGAACUCUGUGAGUUACUUGAAUGGGUCUGCGAUCCACAACAUACGGCAAAGGAUAGGACAUGUCCUAUUUUUUUGCGGUGCAGAGGAAUGGACCAGAAAGCCCACGGAUGGGCUUCUGAGUGUCCUAACUUUUGCCGUAUGUUGCAGAUUGUAUACCCAUUGCAUGCUGCAACAUGGGCACUGAGGCCAUGCGUUCAUCUGAAAGGGGCCUUAAUUGAAUGAAAUACACAUUAUUUGGGAUCUUAUUUUCCUUAGGCUACUUUCACACUAGCGUUUUCAAUUCCGCUAUUGAGAUCCUUCAUAGGAUCUCAAUAGCGGAAGAAAACGCUUCAGUUUUGU